AAAAUGAGCGGCAGAGGAAAGACCACCGGCAAAGUCAGAGCCAAGGCCAAGACCCGCUCGUCCCGUGCGGGCCUCCAGUUCCCGGUGGGCCGUGUUCACAGGCUGCUGCGCAAAGGCAACUAUGGGGAGCGCGUGGGAGCCGGAGCCCCCGUGUACCUGGCGGCCGUGCUAGAGUACCUGACCGCUGAGAUCCUGGAGCUGGCUGGAAACGCCGCCCGCGACAACAAGAAGACCCGCAUCAUCCCGCGUCACCUGCAGCUGGCUGUGCGCAACGACGAGGAGCUCAACAAGCUGCUGGGUGGAGUCACCAUCGCUCAGGGCGGCGUCCUGCCCAACAUCCAGGCGGUGCUGCUGCCCAAGAAGACCGAGAAGCCGGCCAAGGCCAAGUAGACUCCUUAAGACUCCCAAGACCUUCAAA